AUGAUUCGAUCAUUUCGUUCUUUCGUCCGCCUCUGGAUAAAAAAACAAAAUGGUGGCAAGCAAAGUGCAGAUAAGAAUGGAGAGGAAGAAAAGAUUUUAUCUCAGUUCGUAUAUGAUUAUCUAUCUAUCUAUCUAUCUAUCUAUCUAUCUAUUUAUCUAUCUAUGCUAGGAUAUAAUUGGAAUUUCAGUUUAUCUCUGUUCGUAUAUGAUUAUCUAUCUAUCUAUCUAUCUAUCUAUCUAUCUAUCUAUCUAUCUAUGCUAGGAUAUAAUUGGAAUUUCAGUUUAUCUCUGUUCGUAUAUGAUUAUCUAUCUAUCUAUCUAUCUAUCUAUCUGCUCGUGUAUUUAUUACUAUUUCAGUUCAUCUAUGAGAAAUCAGAGAGCGUUGUUCGACUUGCACACCCUCAUGUUAAUAACUAUCGAUCUAUCACAGUAUAUUCUAUCUAUCUAUCUAUCUAUCUAUCUAUCUAUCUAUCUAUCUAUCUAUCUAUCUAUCACAGUAUGUUCAUAUCUAUCUAUCUAUCUAUCUAUCUAUCUAUCUGUCAGAGUAUAUUCAUAUAUAUCUAUCUAUCUAAUUUUAAAAUUUUUUUAAUGUUCUUUUUAUUUAUACGACAUGCAUAUAAUGUCAAACUUUUUGUGUUAAUUGCUUCAAAAGAAUGUCAUUUACAGGAGAAUGCGAUCUAUCUAUCUAUCUAUCUGUCUGUAUUUCCACAUUGGGUGUAUUUCCGCAUUUUAAUAUCCUUGUCUGUCUGUUUCUAUCUAUCUAUCUAUCUAUCUAUCUAUCUAUCUAUCUAUCUAUUUCAGUCUGUUCAUAUCUAUGUAUUUCACCCGUUCCUUAUCUAUCUAUCUAUCUAUCUAUCUAUCUAUCUAUCUAUCUAUCUAUCUAUCUAUCUGUCUGUCUGUAUUUCCACACUGGGUGUAUUUCCGCAUUUUAAUAUCCUUGUCUGUCUGUUUCUAUCUAUCUAUCUAUCUAUCUAUCUAUCUAUCUAUCUAUCUAUCUAUCUAUCUCAGUCUGUUCAUAUCUAUGUAUUUCACCCGUUCCUUAUCUAUCUAUCUAUCUAUCUAUCUAUCUAUCUAUCUUCUGUUCAUAUCUAUGUAUUUCACCCGUUCCUUAUCUAUCUAUCUAUCUAUCUAUCUAUCUAUCUAUCUAUCUAUCUAUCUGUCUGUCUGUCUGUAUUUCCACACUGGGUGUAUUUCCGCAUUUUAAUAUCCUUGUCUGUCUGUUUCUAUCUAUCUAUCUAUCUAUCUAUCUAUCUAUCUAUCUAUCUAUCUAUCUAUUUCAGUCUGUUCAUAUCUAUGUAUUUCACCCGUUCCUUAUCUAUCUAUCUAUCUAUCUAUCUAUCUAUCUAUCUGUCUGUCUGUAUUUCCACACUGGGUGUAUUUCCGCAUUUUAAUAUCCUUGUCUGUCUGUUUCUAUCUAUCUAUCUAUCUAUCUAUCUAUCUAUCUAUCUAUCUAUCUAUCUAUCUAUCUCAGUCUGUUCAUAUCUAUGUAUUUCACCCGUUCCUUAUCUAUCUAUCUAUCUAUCUAUCUAUCUAUCUAUCUAUCUAUCUAUCUAUUUCAGUCUGUUCAUAUCUAUGUAUUUCACCCGUUCCUUAUCUAUCUAUCUAUCUAUCUAUCUAUUUAAGUUCCCGUGGAGGAGUGUGAACUAUUUAAUUCUAUCUAUCUAUCUAUCUAUCUAUCUAUCUAUCUAUCUAUCUAUCUAUUUAAUUCUGAUAUCCACUUUUGUUUGUUUGUUUGUUUCUUUCUUUCUUUUUUUUUUCUUUCUUUCUUUCUUUCUUUCUUUCUUAUUCACUCUUUUCGUCUUAAAACAUGUUUUCUUUCUUUCUGUCUUUCUUUUAUUAAUUAAUUUUCUUUCUUUCUUUCUUUUAUUUAAUAAAGGAUACUUUCUUUCUUUCUUUCUUUUAUUUAAUAAAGGAUACUUUCUUUCUUUCUUUCUUUCAAUUUAUGAUUUUUGUUCUCUUUCGCUUUCUUUCUGUUUUUUGCUUUUUUUAUUGAUAUGCUCACUUUCUUUCUGUAUAUGCCUUUUAUAUAUUUGCUCUCCUCAUUCCUUCUAUUUUCUUCUUUCUUUCUUUCUUUCUGUAUAUGCCUUUUAUAUAUUUUCUCUCUUCAUUUCUUAUAUUUUCUUCUUUCUUUCUUUCUUUCUUUCUUUCUUUCUUUCUGUAUAUGCCUUUUAUAUAUUUUCUCUCUUCAUUUCUUAUAUUUUCUUCUUUCUUUCUUUCUUUCUUUCUUUCUUUCUUUCUUUCUUUCUUUUCUUUCUGUAUAUGCCUUUUAUAUAUUUGCUUCCUCAUUCCUUUAUUUUCUUCUUUCUUUUCUUUCUGUAUAUGCCUUUUAUAUAUUUGCUCUCUCUUCAUUUCUUAUAUUUUCUUCUUUCUUUUCUUUCUUUAUUUUCUUUUAUUUUUUUCUUUCUAUGCCUUUUUAUAUAUUUGCUCUUCUUUUCCUUUUAUUUUCUUUUUUCUUUUCUUUCUUUCUUUCUUUCUUUCUAUGCCUUUUAUAUAUUUGCUCUCUUCAUUCCUUUUAUUUUCUUCUUUCUUUCUUUCUUUCUUUCUUUCUUUCUUUCUUUUUCUUUCUUUCUUUCAACUUACAUAUUUAUUUUUCUUUCUUUCUUUCUGUCUUUCUUUCUUUCUUUCUGUCUUUCUUUCUUUCUUUCUUUCUUUUAUGUCUUUUAUAUAUUUGCUCUCUUCAUUCUUUCAAUUUUCUUUCUUUCUAUUUUUUUAACUUUCUUUCUUUCUUUUCUUUCUUUCUUUCUUUCUUUCUUUCUUUCUUUUAUUUCUCAAAAUAAUUUUCUCUCGCUCCUUGUCUCUUUUCUUUCUUUCCUUCUUUCUUUCUUUCGUUAUAUGUACUUUUAUACGUUUGCUCGGCUCAUUCUAUUUUUCUUUGCCCUUUUAUUUAUUUUUCGUUCUUUUUCCCUUUUUUUUUUUACCUUUUUGUUUCUGCAUUAG